AUGCCGAAGCCACGAAGAAGUGUUGUAAGAGAGGAUAAUGUUUUAAUCGUCGACGAGCGAAGCUACAAUCAGAAAGAACAUAAAGAGAAUCACGAUAGAGAUUUGCCAAAGCUAACCGAUGAACAGAAGAAAGUGUAUGACGAGAUUGAUGGUGCUGUUUUAGAGAGAACUGGAGGUGUGUUUUUUCUAUUUGGAUUCGGUGGAACAGGAAAAACUUUUCUAUGGAAAAUAUUGUCAUCGGCAAUAAGAUGUCGUGGAGAGAUAGUUCUCAACGUUGCUUCGAGCGGUAUAGCAAGUCUUUUGUUACAAGGAGGGAGAACGGCUCAUUCCAGGUUUGGAAUACCAAUAAAUCCUCAUGAAACAUCAACAUGCCACAUGGAAAAAGGUGGAGAUCUCGCAAACCUGGUGAAAGAAGCUUCUCUGAUUAUAUGGGAUGAAGCUCCGAUGAUGCAUAAGCAUUGUUUUGAGUCUUUGGAUCGCUCACUGCUGAUAUUGUUGGUUCUUCCUGUGAUUCCUGGAGCCGAUAGAGCAGAAGUUGUAUGCUCUGCUCUGAACUCAUCUUAUCUUUGGAAGCACUGCAAGAUAGAAGAACCUAACGAUGGAGAAGCUGAAAUAGAUAUUCCGGAAGAGUUUUUAAUAACUGAUGCAGAGGAACCUAUCGAAGCCAUAAGCAGAGAAAUAUAUGGAGAUGCUUCUGAUCUACAGGACAAUACAGAUCCCUUAUUUUUCCAAGGCAGAGCUAUUCUCUGUCCCACUAACGAAGAUGUCAACAUGAUCAAUGAAUACAUGCUCGAUAAGCUGAAUGGGGAGGAGAGAAUCUAUCUAAGCUCUGAUACAAUAGAUCCUUGUGACACAGCCGCUAUUAACGACGAGGCUCUAAGCACGGAAUUCCUAAACAGCAUAAGAGUAGCUGGUUUACCUAAUCACGCUUUGCGACUGAAGGUUGGCUGUCCAGUUAUGUUGCUCAGAAAUAUUGAUCCCAUAGGAGGUCUAAUGAACGGAACGAGGUUGCAGAUAACUCAAUUAGCUGAUUUUAUGAUUGAAGCUAAAGUUAUAACAGGAGAUAAGGUCGGUGUGAAGGUUAUUAUUCCUAGGCUUUUGAUUACUCCAUCGGACACCAUACUUCCUUUCAAGAUGAGGAGAAGACAACUUCCUUUAGCUGUUGCAUUCGCAAUAACUAUCAACAAGAGCCAGGGUCAGUCUCUAUCACAGGUUGGGAUAUUCUUGCCAAGGCCUGUUUUCUCUCAUGGACAGCUUUACGUCGCAAUUUCCAGGGUAACCUCCAAGAAGGGAUUGAAGAUCUUGAUCGUCGACAGCGAAGGGAAGCCGCAGAGGAGAACAACCAAUGUUGUUUUCAAAGAGGUUUUCAAGAACCUCUAA